UGCAACACUGUGCAGCUGAAGUCACGCACGUGUCUUCGGUAGACAUUCAAAACACAAUGCUGAAGAAUACAGACUCGAGCCGCAUAUUUCAGGGUUAUAGGGCUUUAGGAUACGUAUGUAAUCAUGUGCCAUUCAUACUGCGUUAUAUCCAGCGAAGGAAAGAGCAUCUGGUCAUCACUUCGAUUGGGAGGAGCUUCCACACUUAUGGCGGAACCAAGCUGGAUCUGCUUACAGCAAGCAGUGUUCACGAGGAUGAGAUCACGUGCAUCGCCGGAGACGCGAGGCUUGUGUACACCUCUUGCGGAAACACCAUCUACUCCUGGCGACGGGGAAGUGAGCUGCAGCGGACGUACGAGAGACACGAAAGCAAGGUGACGCUCCUGCUGCCCUUCGGAAAGCACCUGGUGUCCGUCGACGAGGCGGGCCAUGUCAUCGUGUGGGAGAUCAAGACGGCCGAGGUCUACCUGGAGCUAUCGCUGGAGGCGUCGACCUUCGGGGCGAGCGCGUUGCUUCAUCCGGUGACGUACGUGAACAAGCUGCUGCUGGGCAGCCACCAGGGGACGCUGCAGCUGUGGAACAUACGCAGUGGCACUCUGGUGCACUCUUUCGAAGGCUGGGGCAGCGGCGUCACCGCCCUCGAGCAGUCUCCAGCAGUGGACGUGGUGGCGAUAGGGUUGGCGAACGGCCAAGUGAUGGUGCACAACCUCAAGUUCGACGAAACCCUGAUGACGUUCCAGCAAGACUGGGGGCCUGUCACCGCCAUUUCUUUUCGCACGGAUGGUCACUCCCAGAUGGCGACGGGCAGCCCCCUGGGCCACGUGGCGGUCUGGGACCUGGAGAAGCGGCGCCUGGACAGCCAGCUGCUGCACGCUCACCAGACUGGCGUCACGGGGCUCCGGUUCCUCCCGGACGAGCCCCUCCUCCUCACUUCCUCCCCGGACAACUCGCUGAGGAUGUGGAUCUUUGACCAGUCGGACGGCGGCGGUCGUCUGCUCAAGCAGCAGCAGGGACACAGUGGCGCCCCCUGUCGGAUCAGGUUCCACGGUGCUUCGGGGAACAACAUAUUGAGCGCAGGGCUGGACAGCACCCUGCGCUGCUUCUCGACGAUCGGCGACCACCUGAACAAGAGCCUGGGCCAGGCUUCGUUUGACCGCAAGAAGGCCAAGAAACACGGGGUGCUCAGGGACCCCGGAAAGAUGCCCCCUGUCACGGAGUUCACCUCAGAGACCACGCGGGAGAAAGAAUGGGACAGCGUGGCCGCAUGCCACAGGGGUCUGGCGGCCGUUACAACGUGGUCGUACGACCGCUGUUGCAUGGGGAGCCAUCGUCUGAUGCACGACCGCUUCAAGGGCACAAAGGGCGUCGUGGCACUGUGUGUGUCUCUGAGUUCGUGCGGCAAUUUCGUCACCGUGGGCUGCAGCACCGGUCACGUAGACCGAUUCAACAUCCAGUCGGGCAUCCACCGGAUGACCUACGGCAAGGACACCGCGCACGAUGGUCCGGUGCGAGGGGUGGUCUCGGAUGCCCUAAACCAGCUGGUGGCGACGGGCGGCGCGGACUCGCAUCUCUGCUUCUGGGGCUUCAGGGACGGUCGCCCGCUGAGCAGGCUUUCCCUUGACUCGCCCGUGGCCAAGAUGAACCUUCAUCGGGAGAGUGGCAUGCUGGCAGUUGCCACAGACGACUUUGCGGUGUGCGUCGUCGAUGUGGAACUUCGGAGGGUGGUUCGCGCUUUCGCCAGCUACUUCAGUUCUGUCACCGACAUGACGUUCAGUCCAGAUGCCCGGUGGCUGGUGACGUCGUCGAUGGAUGCCCUGGUCCGAACAUGGGACCUGCCGUCAGGCUGCUUGGUGGAUUGCUUCGAGGUCCCCUCUCCUGUGACGAGCCUGGACCUCUCUCCGACGGGGGAGUACCUGGCGACCACGCACGUGGACGACCUCGGGGUCUACCUGUGGUGUAACGCCACCCUGUACGGUCACGUGACCCUGCGGCCGCUGCCCGCCGACUAUGUGCCUAAGGUGGUUGAACUGCCGGCAACCACGCUCCAAGCGGCGGAUGGAACGGAGGAGGUUCUCGACGACGGGGAAGACAUGGAGGUUGGGGACUAUGAGUCGCCUGACCAGAUAUCAGCCGACAUGGUGACCCUUUCGAAGCUGCCUUACUCUCGCUGGCAGAACCUUCUCAACAUCGAAGUCGUCAAGCAAAGGAACAAGCCCAAGGAACCACCACAGGCCCCCAAGGCCGCCCCCUUCUUCCUGCCCACCUCGACGGGACUGGACCCCAAGUUUGCCCUCCCCGAAGACAAGGGCGGCGAGGGAGGCUCGAAAAUUGUCUCAUUCGAGCACUUCCAGCUCUCUGCAUUUGGGAGGCUGCUCAACUCAUGUGCUGAAUCUGGCAACUAUACACCAGUUCUGGAGAGGUUGAAAGAGCUGGGUCCGUCAAGCAUUGACUUCGAGAUCCGCGGACUCUCUCCGGAGUCCGGGGGAUCGGCGGAGGUGAUGCUCAACUUUCUGCGGGCAAUGACUGUGGGCUUGAGGUCACGCCGGGACUUCGAGUUGAUCCAGUCUUACCUGGGUCUGUUUCUCAAGAUUCACGCGGAUGCGCUGGCCUCGGAGGCAGAGUUCCGGGAAGUUCUGGACUUGCUGUCUAAAGAGCAGCAGGCAUCGUGGACGAAACUGGAGGCCACCUUCAACCAGUCCCUGUGCAUCGUCAAUUACCUCAGGAGUGCCGUCCUGUAGAGUGGGCGGCUCUCCAGCGUGUAAAUAUACAUACAUAUCCCACUAACCUCA